GGGCGGUUGCGGACGGGCGAGGCGUCCCCGUCUGUCCCCCACCGCACGCUGCCCGGCGGAGAGGCGGGGGGUGACUGCGGCGGGGGACGGGGCAGAGGCCGGCCGGCUAAAAACAGCCCUCGCCUAAUAAAGCGAUGGGGCCCGGUGCCCGCGCCCUAUAAAUACGCUCGGUGCGCAGCCGGCGGGCUUCGGCCGGCGCGGCUCGGCUCGGCUCUGCAGGCGGGGCGGUGCAGCCAGCAUAGCAGGGCCGCCACUGCCUCCGCCGCCAGGACAGCCCCGGCCCCCGCACCCCGACACCCCAGCGAGAUGCCCCGCGUAGACGCAGACCUCAAACUGGACUUUAAAGAUGUCCUGGUCAGACCUAAAAGGAGCAGCCUUAAAAGCAGAGCAGAGGUUGACCUCACGCGCACCUUCACCUUCCGUAACUCCAAGCAGACAUACACAGGAAUUCCCAUUAUAGUGGCAAACAUGGACACUGUGGGGACAUUUGAAAUGGCUGUGGUUAUGGCAAAACAUGCAAUGUUCACUGCAAUUCACAAGCAUUAUUCUCUGGAAGAAUGGAAACUGUUUGCUGCCAAUCACCCAGAAUGCCUUGAGCAUGUAGCAGCAAGCUCAGGUAGUGGACAAGAUGAUUUGAAAAAGUUAACCAGUAUUAUAGAGGCCAUUCCAGCUAUCAAGUACAUCUGUCUGGAUGUGGCAAACGGCUACUCAGAGUAUUUUGUGGAGUUUGUGAAGUCCGUCCGUGCCCUGUUCCCACAUCACACCAUUAUGGCAGGCAAUGUGGUGACAGGAGAGAUGGUCGAAGAACUUAUUAUUUCUGGAGCAGAUAUUAUUAAAGUGGGUAUUGGACCAGGUUCUGUGUGUACCACUCGGAUUAAGACAGGGGUAGGCUAUCCACAGCUAAGUGCUGUUAUUGAGUGUGCAGACUCAGCACAUGGCUUGAAAGGACAUAUCAUCUCUGAUGGAGGAUGCAACUGCCCAGGAGAUGUCGCCAAAGCGUUUGGAGCCGGUGCUGACUUCGUCAUGAUUGGAGGAAUGUUUGCAGGCCAUGACCAGAGUGCUGGAGACAUUAUAGAAAGGAAUGGCAAGAAGAUGAAACUAUUCUAUGGAAUGAGCUCUGAUACAGCCAUGAAGAAGCAUGCAGGAGGGGUUGCUGAAUACAGGGAAACAAGAGUAGUGAUGUCACUUCCCCAUGCUGAGAAAAUGACGGGAACGACAGGUCGAACGAAGCGACAGUGGGAUGAAGGAAUUAAAGGAAUGAAAAAAGGAACGUGUGUCCCUCCCCUCCUCCCAAGGUCUGCAUCUUCAAGGGAAAGCAAGCCUAAGGGCAAGGUACAAAAUGGUAAAAUAGGUCAACAGCGACUCCGAUUCGGGUCUCGACCAGAGGACUUGAGGUAAGUGACAUCAAACUCAAAAUUCCCCAUGAUGUGGCCCAGACAAACUGAAACAAUGCCUAAGUUAAACGCUAUAAGGAACAGUCACUUUAUAUAUAUAGAUAUAUAGAUAGACGAUAGAUAGAUAGAUAGAUAGAUAGAUAGAUAGAUAGAUAGACAGACAGACAAAUAGACUUUUUUUUUUUAGAAAUCCCUACAAAGAGGUUCUUUUUUUAUUUUUCUUUGCCCUGACUAAUUUCUUGGUGAUUGUAUGCAUUUUGUUGUAAACUAAAGAGGCCUGCUACAAAAGGAAAGAAACAGACAAAAAGAAAACUGCUGUUAGUUAAUAUUGCAAAGCAGCCGCCACACAGAGCAGAGGCCGAGCCUCCUCCUGCUUCACCUCAGCAUCCCGUGCUUGUGAGUGGUGUUGUGCACCUGCCCUGGGGACUGAUGGCAUUCCUAGGCCUGGGGCUGCACUGCAAGGGAUACUCAGUGCCAGAGGGAGAGGCAAAGCCCCACCUUGCAAAGGACUUGGCCCCGGUGGGAGCCAGCUCCUGUGUGCGUGUGUCCAGGAGGAAGGUGGCACUCAGCCAUAUAGUUGACUGCCACCCUCUGCCUGGGUGCCACGUAGACAUGAAUACAUCUCUUUUUUUGCUUUUUUUUUUUUUCCUUCCUGGAUCUCUUUAAACAACAAAUACUAAAAGGGUUCGUGCUUUCUGGGGCAAGGGAUCUUCUACCCUUAAUAUGGUGUGGGGUUUUUGGAGGGGAGGAGGACAGGUGAUGGGGCAGGGCAGAGGGGGGCAAGGAGAAAGGUAGAAAGAAAGAAUUCAAGAGACAAAACCAGGGAAAUCAGAAGUGGGUAUGAGAUCUAGCUAAUACCACACACGUGAGUCUAAGUUGGCACGUAAAGUAUUGCACAUCCUACAAAAGCUAAAGCAUGGAACGGGACAAUUGUUUGGAAAGAACCAGUUAUUUCAGAAUUGCUCAGUCUGAAAUACAAGCACAGAACUAAUACAUUCCUAUUGCUCCAAAUGUAUUUUUUUAUUAUAAUUUUUUUAUUUUUUUUAGUGUUAGUUGAAUAGAUCCAGUCAGUUUAAUAGCCCCUGCUUCCUUAUUAACCACAAAUGUGUAUGCAUAUGGUUUUACUUGAGAUUUCUCUUUUUCCAAGUACACGUGAAGUACAGAAAUAGUGGUACAACUGUGAACUAAAAUCUGUAAUUCUUUCUAUUCCUUUACCAUCAAAGCUCAAAAAAAAAAAAAACAAAAAAAAACCAAAACCAGGAAACAAAACUAAACAAUAAAUUGCAAGUGCCCUGAGCAGAGUAUAUGGAAGAUUAAGCAACUUCUCUGAGCAGAAAUAUUAACAAAUAAGCACUAACUAAGCUGUGUGAUUGUGAGAAGAAACCCACUCAGCCAUUUGGUAGCCUGCCGAGAGGUUAAUAAAAUUCAAGGAAAUUCAAAAAAAGUUUCAAGCUAUUUUAAACAUAUUUCAACUUUUUGGUGCACCCCAGAAUAUGGUAUAAAAACAAUUAGGUCUGGUGUGAGCUAAAUUUCAAGUAACAAGUAACAAGAGUCAAAGAUGGGGUUUGGGGUUAACAUUUCUUCUCUCAAAGAAAAGCACUGUAUUUCAGGGGGGAGGGAAAACAAGACUUUAAAUAAAUUUGUUCACUUUAGGUUACUGUGUUUCUAAUGACAUACUUUGAUUUCCUGUUCUCCCUGUGAGUACAGCUUCUUCAAAACUACCUGAAGGAUGUGAACUCGCCAACCAAAAACGACGACACGAAUGCUUGCUCAUGGAGGGCCCGAGUGCGAUCCCACUGAAAUCCCAUUGGGAUCUUUCAAGAGGCAGCGACAGGCUUUAGCACUCAGCCCCGACACACUUCAUACUCGCACCUCCCCGAGGCUCGUGCAGGAGGCUGGGUGCACAGCACCUCAGAGGAUCCGGCCCUACCUGGGGAAAGAAAAGACUGAAUGCGUGAAUCCCCCCGAUCCUACUUGGUUUGUACCAAACUCUUGAAAUGUCGCCUUUCCAAUGGAAAACAAUGCAAUUAAAAUAACAAAUAAUAAUAAUAUUAAUAAUAAUAAAA